AAAGUAAUUAUUGCUCUUCUUACAUUUAUCGUGAGAGAGAAGAACAGCCGCUAAUCGCCGCCCUAUCCUCCGAUGCCGCUAAUCGCCAGCGACAGUCGUCGUCAACAUUGUUCAUAUGUUUGUAGUCCUUUGAAGGACUGUAAACCCUAGCACAUAAUCAUAACAUGCCAUCACUAUCCAACCCAGGUAUAAUAUCCAAAUACACGAAAAUUCAACGGGACCCUGAAUUAUCUUAGCGCCACAUGUCGAUGCCGCGGUCAUGGACGAUUGAUCCUUACCUAGAAGAAAUCGACCUAGAACCUGAGGAUUUCGGUUCGUCCAAUCCCUUAAAGAAGGUCCCAUUUGGCGAUGUCUUUGAGGCUGCGCGUGCCGGUGAUGUAGACCGUCUGAGUUAUCUUCUCGAAUCUGGCGUAAAUGUCAACGCGAGGGACCAGUGGGAUUCGGUUGCACUCUAUUAUGCUUGUCUCGCCGGUCACCUUGAUGCGGCGAGGAUGUUGCUGGAGAGUGGCGCAAUUUGUUCGGAGCAUACGUUUGAUGGUGAUCGUUGUCAUUAUGCAUCGCUGAAUUUGAAGGUUAGGAAGCUUUUAAAGGCAUUUGAGGCUCGACCUCCACCAUUAGCCCCUCUUCAAUCGGCUCUAAGAGAAACUUUCUUGAACUGCUCGGCUAACAGGAAACAUAUUGAGCAAUUUAAACAAUCUGCCUUACCAGGUGCUUCAUUGAAUGAAAGCCCAAUUUCCAGUCAUUUCCCUCCAGAUUUUGUGUUUUAUGUACAAGGAAGUCCAAUUGAAGCUCAUAGAGUCAUCUUGAGUGCUAGAUCACCCUACUUCAAGAACAAAUUUGAGAACGAAUGGAAGGAUCGCAUGGAAGUAAGAUUCUCAAGGGAGAAGUUGUCUUAUCAAGCUCUUUACAGUCUCAUCCACUUUUUUUAUUCUGACAGACUGGAGAUUGCAGUAGAAGACAUGGAAGAUCUUGUGAGAAUUUGCAAAGUUUGCAAAUGUGAGUCAUUAAGGAUGAUCAUCGAGAAAGAAUUAAUUCAUCAAAAAUUUGCUGAUUAUAAAGCCCUUCAACAAAUAGACAACUCCCAAAAACGAUUUAUACUGCAAGGCCUGUCUCUCCCUGAGGAAGAUCGUCUUCCUGGUGCUUUGAAUAAAAUCCUACAAGUUUCUCUUGCCAACUCCUCCUCUGAAGAGUAUGACCUCGCAGAUGUUUGUGUAAAAGUUGAUUACAAAAUCUUUCGAUGUCAUCAGGUAGUGUUGGCGUCGAGGUCUGAUUAUUUCAAAGCAAGAUUGUCUCAUAUGAAAGAUUUUCUUGAAGGAAGAGAUAGUAUUGGUAAUAAUUCUCUCCCAUGUAUUGAAGAAAAUGAUUUGAGCGUGGAUGCUUUUGAGAAGAUGGUUGAGUACAUGUAUACUGAUGGUCUGAAAGAGAUUGACCCGAAUCAGGCAGAAGAAAUUUUUGAUGCUGCUUCAAGAUAUUUGCUUUUCCCCCUAAAACGUGCUGCUGCUGAUGUGUUACUUCCCCACCUUGAAAUGGUUUCUCCUGCUGAAAUGUGCAGUUGGUUGAUUCUAUCAGACAUGUAUGGUGUUGUAAAAAUCCGAGAAUAUUGUCUAGAUGCAAUAGCUUGUAACUUUGAAACGUUUGCUGAAGCUCCCGAGUUUAGGGCAUUGCUUCUUACUAUUCCCCCUCCAUCUGGAGAUUCAUCUCUUCGAACAACUGCUCCUAGUGCCCCGGGAACCGGUACUAACAAUGACCUAGGAAACCUCCUUGAUGAUCUUAGAGAGAAAUGGCUUGAAAUCGAAGCUGCUGAACUUGAUAAACGGGAUGAGAGCGCUUUGUUGUUCGAUAAGCGAUUGGAGAUGCUUGUGGUUGUUGCCGAAAAAGAGAAACUUGUCGACGAUGUUGGUAAACUUACAAUAUAGAUCGAGAUUAUUGAAAUUUUCAUCUAUGUUUUAUUGAGCCUAUUUGAAAUUAGUAUUUAUGUCACUUAGAGUCAUGAUCUCAAAUGAAAAUCAUGAAUUUUAGAAUUGAGAGUUAAUUUUUUUCUUUUGUAUAUGAUUUUUUUCUCAAAUCAUCGUUACAUUAUUUAUGUGAUCUUAUAUUGUUUACUGUCA